AUGUCUCAACAGAGCAACAACCAGGAGAACAGUACAUCGCUGAAAGGGAACUCUAGAGAUGGCUCGAAUGGGGGUACCAGCACGAGCACGAGUAGCCUCACGAAUGCCGGUCCUAGUAGCGAUGGGCAGUUCUGGAACAGCACACAACGACUGGCGAAAAAAUACCGCACCGAGGUUGCCGCUUCGGCCUCGAGCGUGCUGUCCACCAUGUCCACGUUCCCCCUGGACAGCGUCAAGACACGGAUGCAGACGUACAAAUAUGCCGGAUUUGUCGAUUGUGUCAAGCAGACAUAUCACACCGAGAGGCUCAGGGGCUUCUUUCGAGGCGUCACGGCCCCGAUGCUCAGCAUAACUGCGGUACGGACUGUGUCGUUUUCCAUCUAUCAGCGCUCCAAAUACGCAUAUAGUGACUGGGUCAAACGCAACUUUGGCUUUGAUGUCAUGAGCCAUGUCGCCUCCCACGGGUCGUUGCCCAAUUUCUGGACUGUUGCCACCUUUGGCGCCGCUGGCGCAACGGCCGGAUCGUGCAUAACUUUGAUAGCUUGCCCAUUCGAGUUGACUAAGCUCAGCGCGCAAGUUUCAGUUUUAAUGGCAGACAAGAAGAAUUGCCUAAAACCGGGAAGCCAUGCCAUUGCUGCGAGUUACCAAAACAAGGGAACUCUGAAGACAAUGGGAAACAUUGUGAAGCACCGAGGGCUAGGCGGUCUUUACACAGGAUUCGGCUUGCAUUUGACCCGAGAUACCCUCGGUACCGCCAUGUACUUCAUUACUUACGAAAGCAGCAAACAGCUGCUUACUACUUUUGGCGGGGCUGGCACCCAUAACAACCCCUUCGCAGUGUUGAUCGCCGGUGGCAUGUGCGGAAUAGUCUCUUGGGCAUUAAUCUACCCGGUCGACUCAGCCAAGAGCAUUUAUCAACGCAACUCGCUCAUGUAUUCAAAAGGCGAAAAGGUCGAGCCCGUCAAGAUUCGUUUUUUCCAGCGCAACAUGUAUCGCGGUCUUGGUGUAUCAAUGGCCCGGUCUUGUGCUGUUAACGCCGUCUUCUUCUCGUCAUUCGAAUUCUUGAAGAAACGCAUCAAGGCCAUGGAAGACCAUUAG